GGUACAUUUAGCUGUCAUUUAAAUCCUGAAUGCAGUAGAAGGACAUGUCGUCCGGUGCUGACAAUGCGACUAGCAGCGAAGAAACUUCGUGUUUCCCAGGCACGACCGUCCUGGGCCAGUCGGGCAUAUUCGUGUACCGCCAAGCAUGCGGUGGCUCCGGAGCAACCAGCGAUCAUGCAGGUGUCGGCUGACAAGCCAGAACCGUGGACCGUGAACCCUCGUUAUCGGCGUGCGCACCAAGCCGAUGCGGUUUGGCGGUUCCUGCAGUUGGCGGGCGAAAUAGCGCCUGAGUUCGAGUUUUAUGUGCUUCCGAAGCACUCACGGUUUCCGCUCAUUGUGAGGCGCCGUGGAUCGGAGAAGAGAUCUCCACUCGACGGGCUGUGGAGCAUGUUGCAGAUUCGGUCGACAUGGAGGGCCUCAGAAAAAGCUGCUAAGACAACCGGCGGUGUGUGGUACUGCGCAAGGAACGGUGCGUAUGAAACGAUGCCUCAGGUUCCGAACGUUGUCUUCUGUACUUUCUCGUCGUCGUGCUUCGUUUUUUCCGGAGACAGCCUUGGGACCUGUUUGUUGACAAAACCCGGCUCGGCCAACGAAAUCGAUCUAUCACGAAGCGCAGAUCAGCUCCGCCAGUGGUUGCAGGAAGCAUACCCCACUCAGAUUAAUGCCUCCAUUUCCGGGACACUUGAGAGUCUGAUGCUUCGGGCCGCCACCACUAAAGCCAUUGUGACACAGCGCCGGCUGCUUGUUCAGGCAUUGCACCUGCCCGUUUUGCAGGAGUGGUCAUUCCAUACGGGAAGCGUGCGGGGAGCUACGGAUUACCAUGCGACACUCGCGGGCCGACGGAUUCUUGUGCGAGCCCCAGAGAACCGCUCCGGGUCGCCGACUAGUCUCUUCCAAAAGACUCGGCUUUACUACGACACCGUCAUUAGAGGCACGGGCUCGGCGUGGCGACAACCAAUCGGCGUGGAUUACCUGCUACUCAUGCUUUGCAGCGCGAAUUCGACCGCAACGCUAACUGGGAUCGGCGUUUUGCCUAUGGCACUGCUGAAACGGCGGCAAGGCACCGGGAAAACAUCAAGACGUCUCACUAGCAGGAAGCUGAUGCUGCUUCUCGAGAAUGGCGCGAUAAUAGGAGGCGACUUUGAAGGUCUGGAAGACUAUUUUUAUUUUCUGAGCAAAAGAGAAGUUUCUGCUUCUGGACAGGUAGAUGAGGCACAAAGGCCUGAAGAAGAGGAAGACUUCCACACUUUCAUUUACCGUAUUUUCGACGAGUGGGACGGAGAUGAAAAAACAGCUGGACUUUCAGAUGGAAGUUUCGACUUUAACACAAAACUAGGUCUGACAGAGGCGGAAAGACGUAUGUCCUGAG